ACUUGCAGCUGACGUCACUUCCCAUUUUUCUGUGAAGUAGAGUGGCAUGUGAUGAACAGACUAGCUGUUUUAUGUUGUUGUGUAAUUAGCCUCAUUGCUUUGUUAAGAAAUAUUUUAUUUUAAAAGCAUUUUCCUAAUAUACGUUCUUCCCAUCUUCUCAGCUAAGACCUGUGCUUAUCGGAAAUUUGCAGUCAAGAUGCCUGUCCUGUGCAGCAGGUGUGCUGAGAGACGUGCUAUGCUGAAGCGUCCAAAAACCGGCCAUUCGUUGUGUAAGGAAUGCUUCUUCUGGGCCUUUGAGGAGGAAGUGCAUCAGACAAUUGUGGCAGGGCAGCUGUUUAAAACUCGGGGAAGAGAUGGGGCUGCCUCAGGAGGAAAGGACUCCACUGUGCUCGCACAUGUAAUGAAGCUCCUAAAUGAGCGAUACAGCUAUGGCCUUGAGCUUAUGCUUCUCUCAGUGGAUGAGGGAAUCACCGGUUACCGAGAUGACUCUUUGGAGACAGUAAAGAGGAAUCAGCAGCAGUAUGAGCUGCCACUGAAGGUUGUGUCGUAUGAGGAGCUGUAUGGCUGGACCAUGGAUGCUAUUGUGAAGCAGGUGGGACUGAAAAAUAACUGCACGUUCUGUGGAGUGUUCAGGAGGCAGGCGUUAGACAGAGGAGCCAUCAUGCUCAAAGUGGACAAGAUAUGUACAGGUCACAAUGCUGAUGAUGUGGCGGAAACAGUUUUGAUGAACAUCUUGCGAGGGGACAUCGCUCGGCUGCGUCGCUGCACUGCCAUCUCAACAGCCAGCGAGGGUGAAGGUGUCGUGCCACGCUGCAAGCCCCUCAAAUAUGCGUAUGAGAAAGAGAUUGUUUUGUAUGCUUACUUUAAGAGGUUGGACUACUUUUCCACUGAGUGUAUCUACUCUCCCAAUGCUUAUCGUGGCUAUGCAAGGAACUUUUUAAAGGACCUGGAAAGUAUAAGGCCCAGUGUCAUCAUCGAUAUCAUCCACUCUGGGGAGAACUUGUCUGUGAGGGAGGGGGUUAAGAUGCCUGUGCAGGGGACCUGUAGCCGCUGUGGCUACAUCUCUAGCCAGGCACUGUGCAAGUCAUGUGUGCUCCUGGAGGGCCUGAACCGAGGCCUGCCGAAGCUUGGUAUAGGCAAACACCACCGCCUGCAUAAUAAAAUCCUUGCCCAGCAGCCCUUUACUGAGAAGGAGGAAAGCAAGCUGAAACCAGUAGAGUUCUGACAAUUAUCCUCACUCAUUUUAUUUAGUAUAACAUGAAAUUUUAAAAUAAGCCACAUUUAUUAUAUUCUAUAUGAGAGAAGACUGGGCUCCAAAAUGGAAUCUCUUGUUUUCAUUUAUAAUUAAUUGAAUAAUUAUUUUUUGUAUUUUUGUGAGUGCCAUUGUUGUGCAUGUUUCUACUGCAGUGGAAUCUCACACUGACGGCAUGUUUUAUUUCUUUUUUUUUUUUUUGCAACUUCCUCUUCCCAAGUUUAGCAGUCUCUAAGGUGGAUAUAAUGACAUUUGUGCUCAUAUACCAAGGUGUUUUGUGAAAUAUAAUUAAAUAAAUGAGUUGU